CGACACUGGCGUAAACGAGGAAACUGUAAUAUCGCAUUGUUUACCCGUUUUUUAAUGAUUUUCCUCCACACCGCUCUCAUAUAAUGAAAAAUAUCAGAGAAGAGGUCUAAAUUAAAAAUUGACACGUAAUGUAAUGCGCCAUUUAAUCAACAGAAGCUGCUAUAUCACUCUGCCGUAGAGCUGUAUGCCGUAUUGUAGUUGGUGUUGUUAUGAGGAGCUGCACUAGCAUAAGGAUGUGGAUACUUAAAUUCAAUACUCUGGCAUUUUUGUUAUUUUUUGUGGGGCAGUACAACACAUUUGCUCUUCAGGAUGUUACCGCCGACCUUUUCGGUGCCGAAAACUAUGGGACGGUGGCAGCGUUUGGAGAUUUUUACGCGGACAAACAGACAGACAUCUUCAUCAUAAGAGAGCAAUCUGAAGUGGUGAUAUUCUUGGCUGACUCGAAAACACCUUACUUCAAACCCAAAAUUCACAUCACCAAGGAUACUUUUCCAAGGGACACCAUCAUCACCAGUGUGGUUCCUGGAGACUAUGAUGGAGACUCGCAGAUGGAUGUCCUUCUUACAGCUCAGCUCUCCAACUCCAAGAUGGCAACUGUUUUCAUCUUUUGGGGCCACAACCAGACACUAGAUAUGAGUGGGUGGCUCAUGCUGAACAAGACCUUUGCAGAUCAGCCCCUUGUUAUGGAUUUCAAUGGUGACAUGAUCCCAGACAUUUUUGGAGUCACCAACUCCACCGAAGUCUGCUAUCUCACAAACAGGGUUCCUGUGUGUCAGAAUGCACUGAGUUCACCUGUCAAGAUGCGCAUCCCUCACUCGAACGCUUUCAUUGACCUCAACAAGGACUUCACCGCUGAUUUGUUCUUGACAACUGAAGGACCUUCGUUUGCGACCUGGAUCAGUAAGGAUGGAAACUUCACCAGAGCUGAUAUCAUGCCAGCAGAACCACCAGUGUCCCACCAGACUGUGGGACAGUCCUCCUUUGUUGACUUUGAUGGUGAUGGCUACCAGGACCACCUCCUCCCCGUGUGUGAGGAUGAAGGCUGUCAACGCAGUGCCAUCUACCUGGCCAAGCCAGGCUCAAAAGAGUGGGUGUCGGUGCUUUCGGAUUUCCAGCAGAGGGAAACAGUUUGGAGCUUUGUGCCAGGGAAACCCAGCCAACCCCUGGCCCUGCAUCUCGGGGACUACAACCUGGAUGGCUUCCCUGACGCCCUGGUGGUCCUCCGCAACACCAGUGGCAGUGGUCAGCGGGCCUUUCUAUUGGAGAAUGUGCCAUGCAGCACCGCCAGUUGCCAUAGUGUAGGGAGAAUGUUCCACAUCCACUGGGACCAAUCAGAUUUGGGAGCCAUCCAGAAUGCCGUCAUGGCAACAUUCUUUGACAUCUAUGAGGACGGUAUAUUAGACAUGCUGGUUCUAAGCAAGGCAGAGGGCAAACAGGACUUCAUCAUCCAUGCUUUGAAGAACAAUUAUGAAGCUGAUGCCUACUUCGUUAAAGUGAUGGUUCUCAGCGGCCUCUGCUUCAAUGACUGUCCAGAAGAUGUCAAGCCUUUUGGUGUUAACCAGCCAGGUCCCUAUGUCAUGUACACCACAAUGGACUCCAAUGGCUACCUGAAAAACGCCUCAGCCGGUCAGUUGAGCCAGUCCGCCCACUUCUCCCUCCAGCUGCCCUACACUGUGCUGGGCCUUGGACGCAGCGCCAACUUCCUGGACCACCUUUUUGUUGGCAUCCCCCGGAAGCCCGGAGAGACGGACGUAAGGAAGCAGGAGUGGACGGCCAUCAUUCCUAACUCUCAGCUCAUCGUUAUCCCCUACCCACACAAUCAGCCCCGCAGCUGGAGCGCUAAGUUGUACCUGACUCCUAGCAACAGCGUGUUGCUGACGGCCAUCGCGCUGAUCGGAGUGUGCGUCUUCAUCCUCGUCAUUAUUGGCAUCCUCCACUGGCAAGAGAAGAAAGCAGACGACCGAGAGAAGAGGCAGGAAGCCCACCGUUUCCAUUUUGAUGCCAUGUGAUGGAAGACCACUGCAUCGAGGGAGAACAUCCUCUGCUGUCCUCCUCUGCCACCCCUCAGACUACUUCCUCCUUCACACACACAUUUUCACUCAGACUCAUUUCAAGGGCCAAUAAAUGGAUCCUCAUUUGCCCCAAAAUGUUUCUUUUUGAUAUCCUUCAGUCCUCCAGUCAGACGUGAAAUAUUUAUGUUCCAUUUCAUUAAUUCAUUCCAGUGUUAGAAGUACAGGAGCUGCAACAAGGCCAUGGAGACGCAGAGAGAAAUCCUAAUGGAGAUCACUCGCAAGUUUAAAGCAGGGAUUUCUUUGGACUGGCUGAAUGAUCAUCAGUGGUGUGAUUAGAUUAUUUUGACAAAAUGGCACAGAAUUCUGUUGAAACGCCCAACAAAUUACUCUAAUAUUGGAAGCUGCUUGUUUAUUCACUGGAAGGGGAGCAUCUUUGGUACCCUGUGUUAACAUGUGUGAUGUUACUCGAAAUCCAUGUCUAUGUUACUGUCUUGUCUUUGUCCAGUUAACUGACCUCUGUCGUUUGCAUUUGACUGAGAUUGCAAAGGAAUCCUUCAGAUUUUAUCACCUGUGAAAUUAAACUCGAUUGUGUUCUGUGAUAUCAAUCUCAGCCUUGCAACUGCAGCAGCAACUGGUGCGAAGUGAACAAAAACGGACACAUGCACCAUAAUAAUUCGUGGAGCUUUUUUUCUGCUACCAAUCUCACCGAAAUGAUGAAUGGCCUUCAGGUCUGCUGAGUGCAAAUUCAUCUUUUUCUCAGUUGAUCGUUUCACAGUGCAUCAUGGCAGUGCCAAAAAAAGAGUUUCUGUGUUGUGUCCUGCAAAUUUCUAAUGCUACUGCAUCAAGGCUCCGCAGGUAGUCGAAAAACUGUUUGUCCUGCUGAAUGAAGCACAGCGUACUCCAGCUUCUUCCAAGAUGUAGUUUUAAUUUCCUUUCUUUUUAAAGUUAGUCAGGCCCAGCGCUGUGGUGUGUUCGGAUAUUUAUUUUACAAGACUGAGCUCAUGCCUUCCCAAGCGGUUUGCACUUUUUUAACUAAUGAUUAACUGCAGGUGUAUGUAAAUUAUUUUGUUUUGUGGAUUUGAUUUGCAAAUGAAUGUUCUAGCUACUAAAUGUGUUUACUCACUGGGGUUGAGAAUAAAGGUUUCUCCUGCUUAAAUAAACUUCA